AUGGAACAGCACCGGAAACGAUUUGGCCCGUUCUUUCCACCUUUCAUCUCUCUCUGUACUUCUCACUUUCUCUUAUCUUAUUUACAAUUGUCUUUAGAUCGGUGGGUGUUUCAAUCAUCCCAAGAGAAAACGUUUUUCAAUUACUUCAGUUUCGGAGUGGACGCUGCUGUGGUGAAUCGACUCCAACAAAUCCGAUCGCUCUACCCCUUUUUGUUUCACUUCCCCUCCAUUAACAAUCUCUGGUACGCUUGGUGCAUUAUUUUGGAAGCCCUCUUCCCGAUGAAUGCAAAUCUGAACCGCCUCGCUCUCAAGGCUGACGAUGAAGAGCUCUCCGUCUCCCAAUAUCGUUCGGUCGUGUGCCUGAACAUUCCUUACUACUGCGGAGGAGGUCUUCCUUUGGGCGAUCACUACGAUCUUUCGCAAUGCUGCGAUCAAGAAAUCGAAAUCGUGGCGUUUUCUGGAAUUAUUCACAUCCUUGCAGCCAAGUUCGGAUUGCGGAAGGGAAUUCUUCUGAAGAGAGCCAGGAAGAUUGAAUGGAAGCUGGACAGAGAGUGUCCUGUUCAGGCUGACGGAGAGGCUUGGAUCGAACCGAGUGGUUGCGGCGAAGUUCGGUCUGCAUCAUCGUUGGUGGCGAUGAUUAUAAAAGGCUUACGCCUGAAUGAAAUUGAGAUGGUUUGUUUGUGUGUAAUAAACGAGAAGGGAUGGGUUCUAUGA